GUCGCGUGAUGCACUGACGCUGAUCCCACUACGUCACUUCCUGUUUAAACAUGGCCGCGCACUGACAAAUGUCACAUUACUUUUGCUGCUGAAAACAUAGCAGUUAUCAACGUUAAUUAUAUCAUCUGUCCAGCGAUUAAAAAGAAGGCGACACAAGAUUUUACGUUACUUCGUCCAACAUCCACAGGAUAAUCCAGCCAACAUCAUGGUUCAUUUAUCAUCACUCCUGCUAAAGAAAUACCAUGGGGGUUAUGUUGUCAUCCGAUUGGCUCUUGCAGGCCACAAACAAGCUAACAGACCAUUUUAUCGCAUUGUGGCAGCUUACAACAAAAGGGCAAGAGAUGGUAAAUAUAUAGAGCAGCUGGGUUCCUAUGACCCCCUCCCUAACAUAUACAACGAGAAACUUGUCAGCUUCAAUUUCGACCGAAUCAAGUACUGGAUCGGCUGUGGCGCACACCCUACAAAGCCAGUGGCCAAACUUCUAGGGUUGGCAGGAUUUUUCCCUCUGCACCCAAUGAUGAUAACCGAGGCAGAGCGUCGAAGAGCCCAAACGGAGCUGACAGCAACAGGAGCAGAAGAUGGUCUGCAGGAGGGACAGAAUGUGGCUUAAAUGUGAGAACUAAAGCUGGGGACUGUCUGACUGUCCCGUACAAAAGGAUGUCACAGUUAUUUGGAGAGAGAACUGAUCGAUUUCUUUCCUAACUUGUUGGGUGGACUGCUUGUAGCAACGUCAGAUAUGGCAUAUGGUAGUUAUAUUGCUUUAGUAACAGCUAUAAACAAUUUAUAUAAAAACUGAUUCUCAAUAAAGUGUGCCAUAACAGGCAGAUGUUUGUAUUUACUGUUUUAUAUGACUUAAAGUAUUUAUAUAUUACUGCAUUUGAGGUUAAAUUGCAGAUUUCUUUCCACCAACCUCUGUCUAACAUUUUCAAGACCUUUACGGAUAAUUAACUUAGGUUUGUUUACUUAGAACCUGACUGGUAAACUGUGCAAUCAUUUCUCCUUCUUUUGUCGGUCUUCUUUCUUUUUUUACCUGCAUGUACUUACAUGUGCACAGAAGAGUCAAUAGUGAACGUCAGUAAUUUCAAAAAUAAGAAAAGAUAGAAAUCAGAAGUGGGUGUGAUUGCUGAUAAGAUUAUUGGCUUUACAGCACUUACUUCCUUUUUGGCUCAAUAGCAAAUUAUCCACCUUUUAUACUGAACUGCGUGUUAUGGACACCUUUGGAAACUGGAAACUUACUGUUCACUCACAGACGUCAUGUAAUGUUCAAUAUUAUGUAGGCCUUGUAUUGAUGACCACCAAUAUGUACAAUAAAUCAUACACAGUAAA